UUGGGCGCUCUCCGCCAGGCCGCCAUGCUGGUGAGGGCGAGCGCGGCGCUGCGGCGGGGCCUCCCGCGGAAUUUGCGGAACUCGGGUGGCGGCGGCGGCGACAUAAGGGUGACCGCCGUUUGCUUCCCGUUGAGCCACCGCGCGCUCCUCCGCUUGCAAGGCCCCGAGACGCUCCCUUUCCUCCAAGGACUCCUCACCAAUGACGUGACCCCUUUCGAAGAGGUGGGCGGAGCCGCGCCGCGCGCGCUUUACGCACACGCCCUCAACGUCCAGGGGAGGUGCCUCUAUGACGUCAUCGCGUACAGGCUCCAUGAAAACAAGCAAGAAGAACCGCGCGUCUUGUUGGAAUGCGAUGCGGGUCUCCUGGACUCCUUCCGGAAACACCUGAAGCUCUAUAAGAUCCGCAGGAAAUUAGACAUCUCGCCCUGUCCCGACCUCUCUGUCUGGGCCGUCGUUCCAAAAGAACCAUCAGACAGUUUGCAACAGGCUGGCAAAGCCAUGAUUCUAACUGCAGAUCCCAGAGUGAAGAUUAUGGGUUGGAGGCUGAUUGCCCACAAGGAUGUCAACCCUCUGGAGAUCGUCCCCGGAGGCCAGCUUGGAGAGCUGAAGGAUUACCACCGGCACAGGUAUCAACAAGGUAUCCCUGAAGGCGUGAAAGACCUCCCGUAUGGGACAGCUUUACCUUUGGAGUCCAACCUGGUUUAUCUGAACGGCGUCAGUUUCACGAAAGGCUGUUACAUCGGCCAGGAGUUGACGGCUAGGACUCACCACAUGGGCGUCAUCCGGAAGCGGCUCCUGCCCGUUCAGCUCUCACCGCCGAUGCCUUUCGAAAGCCUCGCUGAAGGUACCGAAAUUGUGGCCGAAUCGGGGAAAUCGGCUGGAAAAUUCCGCGCGGGUGAGAACGAGUUCGGAAUUGCCUUGCUACGUUUGGCGGCCACGAAGGGGCCACUGCGGCUCAAAAUCUCCAACGAUUCACAAGUAAUGGUCACAGCAUCCAUUCCUACAUGGUGGCCUCAACCUGCCAAUAAAUAGCCGGUCCUUCUGCUGAA